GAUAAAAUUGUUCCGUGGGGUAGAUUUGGGUGACAAUUUUUUUAUUGCCUAACGAACUAGUGCACUUGCAAUAGAAAGCAAAACAUCUCCAGAUAUACUAGUACUGUCUUUUAAUUGGAAUUGCGGGCCUAUAAUAGAAGUUGUGUGUUUUAACGUGUAUUCCUAUGCGACGAAGAAAUUGUGGAAUGUCCUUUUGAAUAUCGGCACUAAGAUGCUCUGACUCCACUGGUGGGGAAGUUUUCCUGACUGAAGGGUGGUGUUGAAAAGUUUCUUUAAAGGUUGUAGAAGUUGACAAUCGCCACAUUUUAAUAUCUCAUUGAUAAUGGAAUCUGUUCCACAUGAUUUAAUGACCUUCAAAUUGCGAAGACCUUCUAGAAUUUCUUCUUCUGAGAUAUCGAAGUCCAGUGGAUUUCCUAUUGAAUUUUCAAGCGUGUUAUUAAACUGGAAUGUCUUCUGUGUGUCUUUGGAAUCCUGUGUCUGAUAGUGAUGUUAUGUUAUCUGUUGAUAUGUUAAAUUGUUCAGGCCAUUCUUGAGCAGCAUGUAGAAUAAAGUCUUUAUUUGGCUCCUUCUUAUCAACAAAAUUCCGAUAAAGUUUUAAAAUGAUUCAUCUAUUCUUCAGGGUUAAUUAUAAAUAACAUUAUUAUCCUUCUGUUUAACGUUGUCUUCCAGUAUUAGUGAUUUGAUUUCCCUACAAAACUUUUCUGGAUUUUCCUUACUAACGUUAAGUUUUCUGAGAUUGUGUAGCAGCAUGGUGCCUAUAUUGACUAUUGUGUGCGGGUCGCCGUUUCCCGAAGGAUACAGAUCCCCCCCCUGUUGCCAAAUGGCAUCUUCCAGUUUCAAGAUGGCGGUCGUCGGCUCAAAAUUAUGGUAGGAAAAGUCAUGUUGCGUCUAUGUCGAUGCUAACACUUCUCAUAAAUGUGGCAUUGUUCUCCAGAAUGGCUGCCAAGGAGUUCUACAAACUGUCCCCGAUCAAGUUAGGAGCAGAAGUCCGGGGCAUUGACUUGAAGCAAGAGAUUCCUGCAGAAGUCAUCGAACAGAUAAAAAAGGAUGUGACAAAACAUCGCAUCCUCGUGUUCAAGAAUCAAGGCACCAUCAGCGGCAGCCGCCAUGUUGAAAUCAGCCGCUGGUUCGGAGAGCUGGAGUCCACGUUCUACAAGCAUCCGAAGUCGCCACAUCCCGACGUGUUCCGUGUGUCUAAUGAUGAGGCGGAGGGAUGUACCGGGGUAGGCAGGACAGGCUGGCACAUUGAUGGCAGCUUCCAGCCUGCGCCGUUCGGCUACUCCCUGUACCACAUGGUGGUAGUGCCUAAGGAGGGAAACACAGUGUUUGCACCGCUGAACGAGUUGAUUUCUGGACUAACAGAGGAACAGCGCUGGCGCUGGGAACAGCUCUGGAUGGUCAGCGACCGCAGAGGGGGACCUGUCCACCCCCUGAUCUACAGCCACCCACUAACAGGAGCAAAGACGCUGUGUUUUCACCUGGGGAUGACGGAGUUCUUCCUUGUCGGCCUGCCGAGCGCGGAGAAGAGAAGAACGGACUGGAAGGAAACCAACCAGCUUCUGAGGGAAAUCCACCAGGAGUUUGUCAAAAACAACAGAGCAAUUCAGUACUCACACAAGGUUAAUCUCGUGUUGUUUCAGUGGGAGGCUGGAGAUUUCAUCAUCUCAGAUAACCUGGCGGUGGGGCAUGAAGCCAGCCCACAGACUCAGCUGCCUGUGGAGCAGGUGGGGCUGAGAGUUCUGCACAGAACUACCGUCAAGGGGACAGUGGCACCCAGGAAGAACUAUACUGUAGAACCGCCAGCUGUGCAUGGAGAGCUAUAGAACUUUUUAGUUUCUAUUACUGAUGAAAAACAGUGGACGCUGUUUGAAAUGUCUAAUAAGUUAUAUGCUUAUAUCCAGCGGUUAAGAUUGACCUUACUACAUACUGUACAAUGUGUGCAAUAGAAAAGAGAGGCGUUCACAAUUCUGCAGAUCACAACAAGCUGCUAGAGGGCCCAAACCUACACCUCUUCAUUCUGACAUCAAAAUUUCAAAUCCGCUCGUCCAGCACAGAAUAUACAGAUACCAGAGGUUCUGCUUCAGCUUCACCAAGGAAAGCUCUCUUGGGAUUCGAAUUUGAUCUUACCCGACAUUCAACUUCCCAACAUCUACCGACACACCAAACAUCAUUACAAUCCACCCAGAGGUUCUGGAGUUAUUGUUGACCACAAAUAUACAUAAACAUAGGCACACAUACAAACCCUAAACAAUACCUUCAUUUUUAAAAAAAGGUAAAACUGCUUGCAUCAAUAAGUUUCUUUCAACAUUUGAACAUAUGAAUCAUGCCAGAUUUGUGUUUGAUUCUUCCAAGGUGUGGCAGUGCAUGUAAGCUAUGACAGUAUUGACUCUCCCCUGGUAGGUUACAGUUUUAAAAUUUGUGAUUCAUGGAAGUGUGAACUGGUGUAUCAUUACAGGAGUAAAUGGGGCAGUACCAUAAAACCAUAAAACCCAAAGCUAGAAUCAUGAUAUGAAUGAUGAAAAUUACACAGAACAAAAGUCAUGAGGUCAGAGCUCUUGAAAAUUUGUAGUUGUAAUGUCCAUACAAAGAUAACUACUAGGACUGUAAAACUACAUUGUAAAUGUAUUAGUCAAGCUUUUUGACCCAUAAAUGUAAAACUACAUAGUACUACAUGUAAGUACAUAGUUUAAAGGAACGAUAGUGCCCAAAACAAUUCUGUACACUGUCAAACUGAUAGCCAACCUUUUAACUGUGGAACAGGCAUUGUAGACAUGUGUAGCAGUUUAGGGACAGUAAAAAGAAAGAAACAAAAAAACUUCCUUCCCACAAAGAAACUUACACUGUAGAACUGCUAGCAAGGCUGUCAUGUACAAGAUUAAAAGAAACAUAAAUCAUGAUAUAAUAUAGAAUAUUUGUGGUACAGCUGUAUAUUUAAACCCAUAAACUGCCGGCAGAGUUUCAGCCCUAUAAAAUGCUAUCAGUGCCAGGGUUGGCCGCUGACCUCCAGAAAGAAACCCCCGAACAAGGCCAAAGUCCCUCACUUUCGGGGUUUGUGCGCUACAUGUACGCAAAGCUGCUACUUCGGGGGAACACGCUAUCCCAGAUAUAACCGGGAGCGGCACACAGGGCAUGUAAUGUGUGCCGGGUAUAUCUGGGCUUGGCAGUUUAAGGGUUAAAUCAAGCUAUAACUUUAGUAUAAGUCACAACCUUUUAGUUUCCUGUAAGUGUAGAACUACACACAACAACCAGGGACGAUUGCACUACAGAUAGACUUUGGGAGCUGUAGGGGAUGACUGUUUGCAACUGUAGGUCCAUAAUAUGAUAUAACUACAUAUAGAUGAAGUGUAGAAAAACAAGGUAAUGACAAUCAUAAAUUCAUAAUAUGUACUGGUUGACAGUUUUCCCACAAUGUUACCUUCAACACAAAAAGAAUCAGACUUGAAUUUUAAGCUCCAGUUACUUCUCAUCAGUAUUUAUCACAUGAAAAUUUAAUGAUCCCUGAAUUUUACAAUAUCAUUCAGUCUGUUUUGUAUUUUUGAAAAUCAUUUUUAAAGAUGCUGAUAUUCAAUUAUGUUUGUGUUUAUAGUGCAUUUAAAAGCAGUACUUAUCCAUUUGUUACUGAGUGAAAGCUGAUUUCAAACCUUUGUCAAAGUCUGUAACCAGUCUAUUGAACUACUAGUAAGUCUGUCUACUUCUUUGUGUUUUAAUGCAUUGCUGUAAUUUUCACCUGGUCUUUCAUUCUAACUGUAAUAAUGCAGUUUGUCAGUGAAAGUCAUUCUAUUAUUGUUGUGAUUAAAUGAGUUGAGACCAUUAAUUGGAAUAUUAACACAUAAUAAUAUAUUCUGAUAAAGUGAUCUGUCUAAUUGUAGUUUUGCCUCAAUCUAUUCUUUUAAUUGAUACGUUGGUUACCGUAUUGAAUGUGAUCUUUUCAAAUGAAGCAGUCAUAAGAACACUUGUCUAGUAACUUUAUUGUUGUUUGUUUGUACUGAAGACUACAAGCUUUAAGCUGCAUAUCCGGAUUUGUUUGCACCACUCACACUGGGAAGGACCCCUAGUCUUAUUGACAGUGUU